UGCAGUUGAAGUUUGCCUCGAGGUAAUGUGGCCAAGUUCCCAACUCUCCGUCUGCGAUAUCCACCAAAUUUCCCCAUUUCUUUCUCCUCCUCGUCUCCUGCAACUUCCAAAUAAAGCACAAACUAUUCGGCGACAGCGAUAGUCGACCGGCUCAAAUUCAUCAUUUCCCUCGUUCGCUUCUCACAGAUUCAUCAUUAUGUCCGCUUUGGGAUCUGGAGAGGUGUUGAAACCUCUUCUCAUACGCUCAUCUACACCUGCUUCGAAUGAGAAAGUGCUCAAAUAUCUCGAAGGAAUGUCUAGUGUAUCUCAUGAGGAGAUGGCCAAUUCACGACCUACCUCGGUCCUCGAUUAUGAAGGUUACAAGGGUAUGAGAGGCGGCGCUGCACACAGUGGUGUCUAUUCUCCUCGAAGUCAGGCUUCCCAACUACGUGAUUUUCCUGAAACCCCAAUCGGCCAUCUUCGUAGUACAGCUCACAAACGUGAGGAUGGAGACGAAGACGACGCGAAUUCGUUGGAGCAGGAAAGGUCAGAAGGCGGGACAGUUUUACCGGUGCUUGAACCAGGUCCGCAUGAUCCUCCAGGUCCACACUAUGAAUCCUUCGAUUCCGGCCCUUCAUUUGGUAACAUGGGUGUUUUGCCAUCCGACGACUUUUCCUCCCACAGUCAGAAUAUCCACACAUACCCUACAAUGAAUAACCAGCUGUGGGCCGAUGACACAACGAAAACAGGCGAACCUUGGACACAAGACGUAGCACUUUCAGGGACAGGGCUCACCCCAGCAUUUACGAAGGUUCCUUUACCGGAGUCAGUCGCUUCACCUCGGGUGACAUCCGUCGUCAUUGGUGUAGAAAGUCCAUCGACGAAGACUCGCGCUUCGCAGUCGAAGUCAUCGCACAAAACGUCAGAGAAUGGGCAGUCACCAUCCGUCGCUGGGACCCGCUCAAAGACUUCAACGGAGCGGCCUUUAUCUCCCCUUUCCCGCGGCUCUGCGAGGACAAAAGAGACAUCCACGGUGAGGCCAGAUCCUCCACUUCCAGAAAGUAGGGUAGGAGAGAGCAGAGUUGGGGAAAGCCGAAGUGGCGAUUUUGAUUGGGUGACAUAUGAAAGCCCUGCAUCACCUACACGUUCCAGAGUCCCUACACGUUCAAAAGCGCCUUCUGUUUCUCCGUCGGAUUCUUUAUCUCAAGUGAGGACCAAGGCAGCGAGGAAAGAAGGUUCUGCCCGGAAUGAGGUGGAGGUUAAUGGGGCAGAAUUCUCUCCUCGGAGCGGCACACGGCAAAUUCACAAUGGAAGUGUUCGCCCUCCUAUGUCAGCCGGGGGAUCACAUCAGAGCCGGCCAUUUUCUCCAUACCGUCAUGCACCCACAAACGAAGACCUUCUUCACGCUGCUAUCCGCGGGCGUGCUCUUGUGAUUCCUGAAGAGAAGGAAUCCGAGAAGGCACCCUCUCACGCGCCCUCCAAGUCGCCAUCUAAAGCUGCCUCUGCUGCGCCAUCCGGCGCAACCCACAAGACCAAGUCAGAAGUCCGGACAGAGGUUCGUCCCAAUGGUAAAUCUCCAUCUAAAGCCCCGUCUGUGGCGACUCGGCGGACAACUGGUACCAGGAAAGAGGGAACGAUGACUCCCACUCCCAGCCGAAUACGCUCUCCCGACCUCGACGAGUUGAACCAAGAAGAAGCUCGUAUCGUUGAGAAAGCUCUAGCGUUAGCCACCAGAACUCCCAGGACAUCGUAUUACUCCCCCUCAGCUGUUGAUGCGGAAAUAGCCCAAAGCAACUUCCAUGACAUGGACUUGUGCAUUCUCCUUAAUCAGCUCAAAGCUCCAACGACACAUGAGCUCGUCAAGAAGGUUAUUCUGAAGGCCGUGAAGCAGCGGAUGAGGAAGCUAAGGAUGGCGUACGACAAUGAGUAUCAGAAAACCCAUCAUAACCACGACCCUCCCAUUGUUCAGCAUGAAGAAGAGCAUACUGAUGAGCCACCGAAGUGGGCUGCCGACCUCAAGCGGGAGAUUCUUCUUAUGCAGCAACGGAUUGAGAGUUUGGGUCCGAAAAUCGAGAAUCUAAGGCCCAUACAGACGCAGUCGUUUGGAGAACCGUCAAAACUGUUCGAGGGCGAUGAAGAGUAUACUCAAACUCACACGCCCGUCACACAGACGGUGAACAUACAUACGCAAGCAACGGGCACAAUGGCUGAGUCCGUGUACCAACCAGGAACGGAUAUCAUUAUUGAGGAUGACCACAUUCCUGAUGAAGGGGUAUUCGAGAACGAAGAAGCCGGAGAGGCCGUUCAAGAACGCUUCUUUGCAGCACCAAUGUCCGAUCAAUAUCUUCUGGAAAAUGAACGAGAUGACUCUCCUGGCCAGCAGCUAUUAGAAGAAGAGUUAUAUAAGCUACGGCAACGGCCUUCCAAGGAUGGUGCACAAGAGACUACUUGGGACCUUCGACGUUCUGACGCCGACGAUGAGGAUUAUGACAGGGAGACGGCUCCAGCAGUUGCACCCACGAUUCCUGGCUCUGAAGCUGGUGGUUACCCAGAUCAUCGUGCAAGCUCCCCUCCUCUACCUGAUAUUCCACCUGAAGCUAGCAAUCGAAGCGUUGUAUCCCUGCAUCAACAACCUUGGGUUACAACCGAGUACCAAGAUCCUCAUGCGAACCUUCCUCCAUGGCAAAAGAUACAUCAGAGACUUCUCAGUUGGGCUAUUAUCUGGCCUCUGAGCGAGAUUGAGGAAGCCUUGAAUAGCACUACUAGAGGCCAUCAGGUUAACGAAGUUGCGUUGAGCAUUUGGUCCACGCAGACAUAUAAGCGGUACGUGCGGUCCAGAAUGACGGACACCCCGCAAGGCGUCGUGGACAGACUUUUCGUGCCGCCAAAUAUGGCUGAUGCGAUCAGCAACGCUGUCUUCAAUGGUAGACAUGGUGAUGCUUGUGGUAUGUUGAGGGAUCUAUGGGGACCGUUCGGUUUGCAGGGAAUGCCACGCCUUCUGGUCGUUCUUGCCAAACAUCGCUCCGAUGAGAACCAUUGGGUAGUCCACAGGUGAGCACUUGUCGUCGGUGUACUCAAUCUAGUUCAACAACCCGUGUGUUAUAAUAGGUUCUCGCUGCCUGAUGGUUCACUUACUACGUACGACUCUUACCCAGAGCGUACGCUUCCUGAUGGUCGGCCUCUUGGUUGGUGGUUUGCAAUCCGAAUCGCCUGGCCAAACGCCAUAUAUCCGAGUCCCGACCAUCUCAUGCAGAAGAUGGUUCGUCUUCAUCGACCGAUGCAGUUACCUAUCGACAACUCCGUUGCUGCUGGAGGCAUCUGGCGGAAUAUUCUUAUGGGCUCUCGUGCAGAGCGAAGUCUUGACCUAGAGCGGCUACGGGACCUUAUCAAUACGGAAGUGAAGAACCUGCGUCAGAGAAAACACUUGGGUAAACUUUCUAUAAAUGCUCCACGACCGACAUGGGAGGAUAUGAGUUGAAUGGGUCGAUUCUUGUUAUGUAGGCUUACCUUUUCCCCUCUUUCACGUUUUCUAUUUCUGUUCUCGCGACACCUCAUCCCGCUUUCUUCUGCCCCCCCCCCCUUCCAACAUACUUUUUUAUACACUGUUUGCUUGUGAGGAUGGACCCGCAUGCCAGUCCCUACGUUGCUUUCUCCUACACGGUAGUUUUCCUUGUACAGCGCACACUGUUUAAAGAAUAAAAAUGUAGAAUGUAUUGUCAAAUUGCGUCUAUGAAUAUAUCUGGGCGUAUCGAGUUGGAACGUCAUGAUCAUG